AUGGAUGAUUUAGUUGCUUUUUUUGUCGGUAGCGGUGCCAUGGAUGACCUGCAACGCGUUACUCGAUCUGCUUACACCCAGAUCGUUCAGCUAGGCUUUAGUCCGCGUGUUGGCCAACUUAGUUUUGACUUGCCCCAACGCGGUGAUUUAACUAUCCAGAAACCCUACUCCGAAAAGACAGCUCAGAUUAUCGAUGAGGAGGUGCGUGAUAUGGUAGACCGGGCCUAUCAGCGCACUCUUAAACUUGUGGAGGGGAAACGGGAGUUUGUUGAAAAGGUUAGCUAA